AAAUUUAUUCAUUAAUGUUCAGUCUAUGUUUACAAUGUCAUUGGAAGAGUAACAAUCUCGUAUUAGAACUGUCAAAGAAAACGUCAGACAUGAGUGGGACGGGUUAGAGAUGUGCUUAUUGAUGUUAACAACAAAUUAGAAUUACAUGUCAAGUACAAAUUCAUAACGAAAAAUAUUUAGUACUGUGGUUACUCAACAACCAAAAAGUAGCGAUAAAUCGAUUAACAUUUAUUGCGAAUCGAAAUUACAAAUAUAAAAAUUGAAUCGGUGAGCCCAUCUCUAGUUUGAGGUUAUGUUAAAACUGCCACAGAUUUUUGUAAUAAAACGGUUUUGGGCAACCAAAAUGUUAACUUUGGGGUGCGAAAUCGCCGAAAUUGAAGUCUGUUACUGCAAACACUGCGAUUUUAGUACGAAAUGGACAGUUUUGUUCAAACAACACAUCGAUAAAUAUCACCGUAUUAAAAAAGAAUCUACAGAGUUAUCAAGCGAAGAUUUCCACAUACAAAAGUACGUUUGCGAAAAAUGCAACUUUGAAACAAAUUUCUCGUUGAAGUGGCUUCAGCAUUGUUUAAGAUGCACGAGAAAGAACCAAAAAACAUAUCGUGGAAUACGUUGGUAUUGCUGUGGCGAUUGUUCCUUUAAAUGUAAACGUAAAACAGCCUUAAGAAUCCACAUAAAUUGCGUCCACUUAGAUGAACGAGCCGCUGAAUGGUACAAGUGCGAAAAAUGUCCUUUUAAAACUAGAGUAAAAAGUACUUUGAAUUGUCACACAAGAAACUUACACACGAACAAAGAAGACAUUAAGUGGUACGAAUGUAACGACUGCCCAUUUAAAACUAGGUACAAGAAUAAUUUAAAGGCGCACGUGACUCCAAAGCAGCUAGGUGAAGAAAAAGUUGAGUGGUACGAGUGUGACACUUGCCCAUUCAAGACUAAAUCAGCGACUUGUUUAAAAAGUCACAAUUCUAGUAGUCACUUGAACAAACAAAAAAUUAAGUACGAAUGUGCGAACUGUUCACACAAAAGCAAGACAAAAUACGAUCUAAAAAUGCAUAUAUUUCGCCGCCAUUUUGAUGUCAAGUCGUUUCAGUGUAAAUAUUGUCCGUAUAAAGCAAAAUUAAAAAAUUAUUUGGAAAGUCACAUGAACAACCACCAUUUAGAGGAAAGUGAGGGUGAGUGGCAUACAUGUGACAAGUGUCAAUUUAAGUCCAGGUGGAAACAUAGUCUAAAAAAACACCUAAAUUCGUGUCACUUGAAUGAAGAAGACAUUAAGUGGCAGACAUGUGACUGCGAAACAUCUAGACGAAGCAAAAGUACGGUGGUACGAAUGUGACAAUUGCCAAUUCAAGACCAAACACGAAUCGGCUUUAAAAAGUCAUGGGAUUUGUCAACAUCUAAACGAGGAAGAAGUUGUGUGGCACGAAU